UUAUUUUGAAUUUGGGUUAAUCAUUUUUCCUCUCGCGCGUUUCAGCAAGUUACAGAUAAUAAACGAUAGCCAAGAUUGACAUUGAAAAGAAAAACGAGAUUUUCACCACCGACCUUCAAAUCUGGGUCAAACCAGAAAACGCAGCUAUUCGAAAAACUAUCUAAACAGCCGUUAAUUCCAUUUUUCUUUUCUUUUCUUCUUCUUUUAAAACAAAAAAGAAAACUUGCAAGUAACUAGGGGUGAGAUAAAAAUUGAGAGGGGGAAAGAAUUAUAAUUUAUAAACUGGUAAUCGAACACAGCAAAACAAAACAUCGGAGCCGCUAGCAGUUCUCGUCCAAUAGACCGAUGCGUAGGAAGUCACGUGAUUCGCGAAGCCAAUAGCUUGCGUUUGCGGGGCGGGAAAAUGAUGCAAUUUCAACGUGAAUGUUGCGAGUAAUCUAUAUAAGAGUCCCUGUUUAGCGCACUAUUGAAAAUUAUCGCUAUUACGCUAACUCAUGACGGGUUCGUGCUCUCCCAACACCAUGAUUACUCUGAGGAUACCAGAAUUCUCUAAAAUGAUGCCUCAUCGCCUGCACAUAUCGUUGUAUAUACGACUGUCGAGGUGUACGCAUCUAGUGACGGGAGCAGCACUAGCAUACGCGGCGUUUUUGAUGCUCACGGCCGGAGAUCGCAAGCCAUCUUCAUCUAGCUCCAUCACUCUCUUAUACCUGGCGUCUUUUGCCACGCAUUAUGGGACGCAGAUAUGGAUGACUUUCAUCUCUGGUAUUGUGUUGUUCUUCAAUCUGCCGCGUAAAAUAUUCGGACUUGUACAGAGACAUCUUUUCCCUAAAUACUUCUUGCUCAAUUCUAUCCUUGGUUUCUUGACAUUAUGGAUCUUCGUGCUUCAAAAUCCAGAAUCCACUGCACAACGGUGGAAUUUGGCCAUUUGCUUCCUAUGUGAUCUCGCCGGCAUGGUAUAUAUAGUUCCUGAUAUGAUUCAAACGAUGACAGACAGAGCCAAAAUUGAAGAAGAAGCAGGUGUGGGUCAAGAUGUGGUCGGACGCUUCAAACCUGGACAACUUCUCACUUCUUGUCCGAAAUACGCCCGUUUGCAUUCCAGGUUCAGGACAUUCCACGGACUCUGCGCUGUCGUCAAUCUCCUGGCUAUGGCUUGUAACACUCUACAUAUGUACCAUAUAGCCUGUAAAUUGAUCCAUAGGUGACAAAUUUGCCCUUGGACAUCUUCAUUGUUGAAGUUUCCAUGUUUUUAACUGCUCGUAUAUUUAUAAAACUGUUUUUACCGAGAACUGAGGAAAGGACGAAUGUUUCAUGAUGAUGCAAAAGAUUUGCAAAUUCCUAUUUUUGUAUUCUGUGGUUGUUCUGGAUUGAAUAUUUUGAUCUUGAACUUUAAUGUAUAAACGAUAAUCAUUGAAAUUAAAAGACGAUAUUUUAUAAUUAAUAUAGCUGUAAAAUUCAGAUCGAAAUUAAACUUUUGAAGAAGUAAAAUGAUAUAAAUUAUGAUUAGAAGAUAUUUGAUCAAAAUUUAUAUCAUUUCAAUUUAAAAGUCGGCCAAUUUGAUUUCUUAUCUGUAAUACAGAAGAGAAACGUAUUCCGAAAAAAAUUUUUUGUGUGAAUAUGUUUGCAGUUUUUAUUUUGUUUGAAAUCUUGAUCUUAAUCUUUCUUGUUAAUACCGGCUGAAAUCAGUUGUUCGGAGUCAUCACAUUUAAUUAAAACAACUGAUUUUUAUAUUAAAACUAUUUUUAAAAAUUCUUUUUAAAUUUGAAAAUGAAUAGUAAUUUGAAAAUAAAUAUGUUAUUUAUCCAUUAAAAAAAUUGUUGACUAUAACGAAAAAUUUGCAUAGUUUACAAGACAAUCAUCAUUUUUCAUGUAUUUAUUGUUUUCAUAUGGAUUUCAUGUAUUUAUUGUUGUUCAUCAUAUACUCAUGUAUUUAUUAUACAUCCUUCGACCACAUGCCUUGGAACAAACACAUCUUAAGUAUCUGUGAUAUUUUAAGGUAGUGUAGAGCGCAAGGCGUGCUUUUACUCAAAGCAGAUGCUUUAUUUUUAGUAUUUUAAUAAAUUGUUUUACAAAACAAGAA